AAAGCGGUUUUAUUUCAAAACGGCUGCAUAGCAGACAUAAAGUGCAUUACAUAGGAAGUAGAAGCCACUAUUUCAUACCCUAUGUAGUGUACUUGUAAAGGCAGUAGUGAGAGGAUUGGAACACAGCCUGUGUUUAGAUGGUGCCGUCCAUGCUGUCACGUCUUUGGAGUUUAUUCAAACCUCUGCAGGUAUUACUGAAAAUGUCAUUUCUUCUUUAGGUCAGUGUAGAUAAUCAAGAGCUGCAGAUUGUUUUUUAUUUAUUAUUAUAGACGAUUUUUUCUAAACAGAAGCGUUUGCCAUGGAGGUAUUGACGCACUUCUGUCGCCGCACAGCAUGUGCCCUGCUGCCCAGAUCACUGAGCAAAGCAUGCAGAAGGAGUCAUCACUGCCAUCCACAAGCGUCACAGCGCACAGCUCGUGUUUCCUCCAAACCAGUGAUUCCAACACCUCUUGUAUCACGGCUCUUCCAGCCUUCAAACCUCCGUGAAGGCCAGGACAUGGGGGACAUGACAUGCCGCAGCCAGAGACUGAUGCUGCAGGCUGGUCUCAUUCACAGCUCCAACCCAGGCUGCUUCUACUACCUUCCUGCUGCCCUGCGCUCCAUGGAGAAGCUAGUGAGGCUCAUUGAUGAGGAAAUGCAGGCCAUUGGUGGGCAGAAAGUGGACAUGCCAGCUCUGUGUGGAGCGGAGCUCUGGAAGCAGAGUGGGCGCUGGGAGCUCAUGGGGAAGGAGAUGUUCAGGCUGCGGGAUCGACACAAUGCGGAGUACUGUCUCGGCCCAACACACGAGGAGGCAGUCACAGAACUGCUGGCAUCUCAGAGCACAUUGUCUUAUAAACAGCUGCCACUGCUGCUUUACCAGGUCACCCGGAAAUUUCGUGACGAGCAGAAGCCGAAGUUUGGAUUGCUCCGAGGCCGAGAGUUCUACAUGAAAGACAUGUACUCAUUUGACAUCAGUGAGGAAGCUGCUCUCCACACCUACCACUCUGUGUGCCACGCCUACUCUCGUCUGUUUGACCGUCUUGGGCUGAGCUGGGUACAGGUGCAGGCUGCUACUGGCAAUAUUGGGGGAACGCUCUCACAUGAGUUUCAUCUGCCGGCUGAUAUAGGGGAAGACCGUCUGCUUAUGUGUGGGAAUUGUGGCUUCUCUGCUAACGUUGAAACCAUGGAACCGGGUCAAACUGACUGCCCUCAGUGCCACACGACUCAGCUCACUGAGUCAAAAGGCAUUGAACUGGGACAUACCUUCUAUCUUGGAACGAAAUAUUCCAAAGUGUUCAAUGCCACGUUUGUUAAUGCUCAGAACAAGCCUUCAGUGACAGAGAUGGGCUGUUUUGGCCUCGGCGUUAAUCGCAUCCUUGCUGCAUCUAUUGAGGUGCUCUCCUCUGAGGAGUCCAUUCGAUGGCCUGGGCUACUCGCGCCGUAUCAAGUUUGCAUCCUUCCCCCUAAAAAGGGCAGCAAAGCCAGUGAAGCCAUCCACUUGGCAGAAGAACUCGCCCAAAGUUUAGGAAACAGUUUACCAAAUCUAAAAGGAGAGGUGGUUCUGGAUGACAGAACCCAGUUGACCAUUGGGAAGCGGCUAAAAGACGCUAACAUGCUGGGUUACCCGUAUGUGGUGGUGGUUGGGCAUAAGGCCAUGGAGGAGCAGCCUGUCUUUGAGGUGGUAUGUCAGCAUAGUGGGGAGACCAUGUUCCUCAGUAAAGACGCCUUGCUGCACUUUUUGACUGGAGUCGAGACAAUCUAACACAUGGAUUCUAAACUUGAAUCCUGUACAGUUUCCAGCUUUCCAUGCUUCAAGCAUGAGCUGGAUUAGGUGUGUUGGGAAAAUCUAAAAGAAAAUCUGUGAGCUAAUAUAUCUGAGCCACUUUGGGGUGCAUAACUUCGUAUGAUCUGUAACAUGAGGGAGCAUUUAAUACAGAAAGGUUUUUGGUAUUGAUAUCAUGGCAGUAUGUAUCAAAUAUGAUGCUUCCCACUUGUACUGAUAAUGACCUUCUUUUAAUAAAGCUGAUCUGUUUAUACUUCUGCUUCCAGCAAUUAUGUUUUCAGUUUUUUUUUUUUUAACAUUUAAACAUUUUAUUACAUUUCUUUGAAAAUACGUGCUCAGAGAACACCUUUAGGCAAAGUGUAUUUUGCAUAUAUCUAUUUCUGAGAGCAGUGAGUGUUGGGUAGUAACAGACUUCAUAAUCUGGAUUGUGUAAUGAUUACAAAAAGCAAGUACUUACAACAAGAGUAGGAUGCAUUUGAAACUAUCUGUAAUAAGAUAUUUAUCAUUAACUUUACUCUUUACUAUUUACUCUUUCCUUUGUUGAUUACAUUUUUGUGUCAGUGAAUCAGUCGGUGUAUUAUUUACUGCAUAGUAGCUGUGAGUUAACACUGUUCAUUCUUAUUUAUGUUUCUUAUUUUUCUCUCUCUAUAUAACUUUGUAAGCCUUUUUAAUUCUAGCUAGGUAGUCUGUUUUAAGUACUGUUUACUCUGUAAGCAUGUGACAUUUAUGAAGGAUUACAAUAGAUUAUACACUGGCUCUUGAUGUAUCAUUAUUGCUUAAAAUGUAGCCACUUCACCAACAGGAUUUUUAAACAAAUUCAGAAAAUCAACAGUUUUCCCACAGAAAUUUAACUGUUUUGCCACAGUGUUACAUUUUGCUUUGUGUUUGUUUUGUAGUGGUGGCUCAGUGGUUAAGGCUCUGGGUUACUGAGCAGAAGGUUGGGGGUUCAAGCUGCCACUGUUGGGCCCCUGAGCAAGGCCCUUAACCCUCUCUGCUCCAGGGUGCUGUAUCAUGGCUGACCCUGCGCUCUGACCCCAACUUCCUAACAAGCUGGGAUAUGUGAUAAAAGAAUUUCACUGUGCUGUAAUGUAUAUGUGACAAAUAAAGACUUCUUCUUCUUCUUUA